AUGACGAACUGCCUCAAUAUAGAUCGGAAACAACGUCCAACUAUGGCAGUGGUUAUCAAACAACUACAAAUCUCGUUGGAAUUUCAAAUCGGUCAGCAACGAUUUUCACAAGCUGAAAGAGACCAUAGAGAAAAGAAUAACUUGAUGCAUCGUACUUCCAAAGUAUUUUUUUCUGUAAUGAAAAAUCUCUUUUUGUUCUCUAAUAGGGUGAAUAGUGAUAGAUCUAAUGAUGGGGGUAAUUCAUACUUAGAAGAAGAUAGCCCGGGAAUAAAAGAGUUCCAAAUAAUUGGGGAUGCUAAACCUGGAGGUAAACUUCUAGUGUGUGGAUUUCCAUUGCAUGGGACCUCACAAUGCAUGUUUCAGUGGGUUCAUUACCAUCGAGAUGUUACUUUGGAGUACAUUGAGGGAGCCACAAGUCCAGAGUAUGUGGUUACAGCUGAUGAUGUUGAUAAACUUAUUGCUGUUGAAUGCAUACCAAUGGAUGAUCAUGGUCGUCAGGGGGAAAUAGUCCGACUUUUUGCCAAUGAGCAAAACAAGAUAAUCUGUGAUCCAGAAAUGCAAGAAGAAAUAGACAAAUAUAUGGCAGCUGGUCUAGCAUCAUUUAGUAUUUUGCUUCUGAUGGAUUCUUCCGAGAAUCGGGAGCAAACAACUUUCACUUUAAGGCGAUCAAACUACCAAGUAAAGAUCAAUCGGACACAAGAAAUUUUCAUCCAAGGGGAAUAUACCAAUGAUGUAUCGAUAAAGAUCCCUUCAGGUCUUCCUACGCAAUUUGUGUUGACAUAUUCGGAUGGUUCUUCACAUCCUUUUAAUACUUUCCAGGAUGCUCGAAUGCGAGAUACAUUGGUGCUCACAAUGAGAAUGUUCCAAAGAAAGGCAUUGGAUGAAAGAAGGAAUGCAACAUGAAACUUUUAUUCUUCGAUAUAGACACAAGUAUUAUAUAUUCUUUGUAGAAAUGAAGUAAAGAACAAGAAGACAAUUCUAGAAGGUUUUGCGGUUUAGAUUGUAAUCAAUGAGUGAGAGUGAAAACAAGGGUGUGUUGAUCUAAAAGUUAAUAAUAUACUUACUUUUGGCGUUAUUAUUGACAAACCGACC